AUGUCAAGAUCACCAUCGCCACCGGUUAUCACUUUGAAUGUGAGUUUCAUCAGCCUAAUUGAACAAUUUCGAAAAUAAAUACUUACCUUUCUCGGUGAAAUAGCUAGAAUUUUUCGAAAAAUGCUUUGCGUUUAAUAACCCCAAUGAUUUUCUAUCGAUUGAUAUGAAUAUUAUACAGAGAAACCCGAUUUUACACCCAGAAAUCUUUUGCGAAAAAAUGCUAAAAAAAAAAAAAUAAAUUUUAGAAUUUGUGCGCUGCGAGACCCACACACAAAACCUCGUGUUCCAACUGUAUUUUUACAAAAAACUUUACUUUUCAUGGCCCAACUUCCACUAAAACAGUGUAGUUUGGGAUAUCAAAAGGAUCAGCGUCAAAUAGCGCAUUGUUUCAAGUUGAAAAAUCCCACCUCCGCUCACAAAAAGAUACAACAAAGUAGAUAGAAACCUUUUGUUGAUCCACCACUUUUGCGAAAGCGCAAAGUCAACAAACACAUUCGUGUUUAUAUCCAAAAAGAAUUUUGUUUUCAUUUAAGUAGAAAUAAAUGUUCAAUGUUUCAAGAAAUCAGAAUUUCGAAAUAUUUGCAGGUCGCCGAAAUGACCAGUGAAACGGAAAAUGCGCUCAAUGAUAUUUCGCGCACAUUGAUCGACGAAGUUCUUUCCGGUGCUGAACAAGAAGUGACUUCUGAAAUUGCUGAACAGACAUCAUCUCGCCACGCUACACCCCCACCAUCGCCUGAAGAGGUUUUCGCCGCCGAGCAGCAGGUUCGUUUUGUCUUCUGCUUCCACACCCCAUUAAUUAUUGGCUUUUUGCCCAAUCAAUUUCAUCUUCUCUCGUUUUUUUUCUGCCUUUUUUCUUGGCGGAAAUUGAAGAAAAACGACUUUUAAAACCUUCUGCUUGUGGUCCCUAAUUUGUUUUUUUUUCUUUCUUUUUUUGAGAUACCGGUUUGGUUUUGAAAGGUCCCCGCUUCUCGGAAAAAAGUGUUUUGUUAGUCAUCUGCCUCGCCUACUCCAUUUCGACACAUGUUACUUUUUAUUUUGUUCUUUGUCUAUCCCAAUGCCUCAGAAAACUUUUUUGAAAAAAAAUUAAAUAAAAAAAUUCAAUUUUCAAACACACAAAAUAAAGAGCGGUCUUCUCGAGACCCGAACAUCUUUGUAUGUGCGCCUUGAAUACCGUAACCCCGCUCAUUUUUUUUCGAACAAAUUAAAAUUUCCUUUAUUUUCCUCGUUUUUUGUUUGUUUCAUCAUUUUCGAAACAAUUAGCUGAUUAGAUAAGCGCUCACCCCUAAACAUAUAGAAAAAACCAUAAAAAUUCCAAUGUUAUGUUGUUUUUUUUUGUGACAUUUAGUCUAACUCGAGCCUCCACCCCUUUUUGCUUUUUUUCUCUCGCUUUCCCCCCAAUUUUUCUGUUUCUUUCUUUUAUUUUCAAAACGAAAAAAAAACGUUCUCCUGUCCAACCAAAACAACUUGUUGUUGUGAUCGCGUCCUUCUCUUUUUCUCUUUUCAUUUUUUCAAAAAUUCCAUCGAAAAAUGUCACAUUUUAUCAAUGUACUUUGAUGGAUUUUCUCCCAUUACUUAUAUAAAGUUAUUCCCCCCAAAAAAAGUGGAAGAAGAAAAUUAGAUUUUUCCGGACCUCGAACCUUCCUUUUAGCCUAUAUUGAUUUCGCAUUCUUUUCUCCUAAAAAAUACACUAUUCAUAGAUGGAUUCUCAUGCAUUUUUAAUAGCGUUGAAACAAUUCCCGCCCGGAAAAAAAAUGAAAAAUAUUUUCAUGUUUUGCAGCCAGUACAAGAGAUGAGUUUGUUGAAUCAAAUCAAGGAUAGCGUAAACAGUGCGGCUGACGCGGUUUCCGACGCAGCGCACAAUGUUGCGGACGCCACAUCGAACGCUGCGCACGAUGCGUUGGAUGGUGCCAAGAAUUUGGCACAUAAGGCAGGCGAUGCGGUUAGCGAUGCGGCUGAAGGCGCGAAGGAUUUGGCUCACAAAGCUGGAGAUAAGGUUUCGGGAGCUUUUGAUAGUGCUAAGGAAGCCGCUGGGGAUGCAGCAGAUGCCACUUCAGAAGCUGCUCAUAAUGCAGCAGAUGCGGCUGGAGAUGCUGCUAAUAGUGCUGUCGAUGGAGCAAAGGUAGGGGUUUAAAGAGGUCACGGUGUAAUUUUCUUUUUUUUUCUGAAAUUUAAAAAGUCUAUGGGAACUUUGAAAUUUGAUCCUCAAAAAAACACCCACGAAAACAUUUUUUUCUCAAAAGAAUAUCCAAGUUUUCAAUUUGAAAUUCAAAAAAAAAAUCUUACGCGGUUCUAAAAACCGCUACGCACACGCAACGCUUAUCUGAAAUACAUGUUUCCAGGAUCUCGCUGGAAAAGCUGGAGAUGCUGUAACUGGAGCUUAUGACAGUGCAAAAGAAGCCGCUGGAAAUGCAGCUGAUGCCACUUCAGAAGCCGCUCACAAUGCAGCUGAUGGAGCUAAGGUGAGUGACAGUUUUUUUGGUUUUGCAAGAAAUUAUCCCUUCAAAUAUUUUUGCAGGACCUCGCUCAUCAAGCUGGAGACGCCGUGUCCGGAGCAUAUGACAGUGCUAAAGAAGCAGCUGGAAAUGCAGCUGAUGCCACAUCAGAAGCCGCUCACAAUGCAGCAGAUGCUGCCAGCAACGCUGCAAACAGCGCUGUUGAUGGAGCCAAAGAUUUGGCUCAUCAAGCCGGAGAUGCUGUUAGCGGAGCCUACGAUAGUGCCAAAACCGCCGCUGGAAACGCAGCUGAUGCCACUUCAGAAGCUGCUCACAAUGCUGCAGAUGCGGCUGGAAAUGCAGCCAAUAGUGCUGUUGAUGGAGCAAAGGUAUAUAUUUAUGAUUCAAAAGUUUCGCUUCCGGUUCAUGUUUUUUGGAAAAAAAAAAGAAAACACGAGAAAAAUGAAAACAAUCAUUUCCGCUUGUUGUUUUUUAUUUUGCAAACUUUUUUUUUUGCAAAAAUGAAAUUUCAGGACCUCGCUCAUCAAGCUGGAGAUGCAGUAACUGGAGCCUACGACAGUGCUAAGGAAGCCGCUGGAAAUGCAGUUCAUGCUACUUCAGAAGCCGCUCAUAAUGCAGCAGAUGCGGCUGGAGAUGCUGCUAAUAGUGUUGUUGACGGAGCAAAGGUAGAUAAAUAGAAUCAGAAAUGAGAUCUUAAUUUUUUUUUUCUGAGCUGGCGGGUUUCUCGGUCACGUUUUAGCGCAUUUUUUAAUGGAAAAAUCUUCAUUUUCUAUUAUUUCUGCGCUAAAAACAGCUCAGCUCGUCAGCCAAACAAUGAGAAAAAAAGUAAAAUUUUCACUUUUUUUCUGCUGAAAAGAUGACCUUGAAUGUACAUAAAAAGUUUUUCAAAGAAUUUCUGAUUUUCGAAACCAAAUAUCGAUUUUUCUAGGAUCUUGCUCACCAAGCUGGAGAUGCUGUUUCGGGAGCCUAUGACAGUGCAAAGGAUGCCGCUAGAAAUGCAGUUGACGCCACUUCAGAAGCCGCUCACAACGCUGCGGAUGCCGCUGGAAAUGCAGCUAACAACGCUGUUGAUGGGGCUAAGAAUCUCGCUGGAAAAGCUGAGGAUGCUGUGACUGGAGCCUUCGACAGUGCAAAAGAAGCCGCUGGAAAUGCAGCAGAUGCCACUUCAGAAGCCGCUCACAAUGCAGCAGAUGCUGCCAGCAACGCUGCAAACAGCGCUGUCGAUGGAGCCAAGGAUUUGGCUCAUCAAGCUGGAGAUGCCGUGUCUGGAGCCUAUGACAGUGCGAAAAACGCAGCUGGAAAUGCAGCUGAUGCCACUUCAGAAGCCGCUCACAAUGCAGCAGAUGCAGCUGGAGAUGCUGCGAACAGCGCUGUCGACGGAGCUAAAGGUCUUGCUGGAAAAGCCAGCGAUGCUGUAAGCGGAGCUUUUGACAGUGCCAAAAACGCUGCCAGUGAUGCCGGAAAUGCUGCCAAGGUAAAUUUUUUUGGUUUUUUUUUACAAAAAUAUUCUUUUUUUGCUGUUCCUAACAUUUUGUGUUAUUCAGGAAGUCGCUGACAACGUGGCCGAUGAAGUUGGCGAAACUUUCGAAAAAGUUCAUCACGCUGGCACAACUGCCGUUGAAACAGCUCAAGUAAUAUUUAGAUUUGUUAGAAUUUUCUGUGAACUAAUGAUUUUUAGGAGGAAAAACACACAAUUUUGGAUGAGGUCAAAGAGAUUGCGCACAACGCUGAAGAGAAAUUGGAAAAUGUGGCGAGCUCGAUUGGAGAUGCUGCACAAUAUGUGAAUGUUAGUGUGACUUUGGUUUUGGGAAAUUUUUUUGACUAAAAAAAAUUGAGAACCUCUGUCGAAAAAUCUCAAAAAUUUUCAACCCUUCAGGACUCUGCCACUUCCGCUGUCAACACCAUCGCCGAUUCCGUUUCACACACUGUUGAAGCCGCCGAGCACAAAGUUCACGAUUUCGGAGCCGCUGCUUCUGAUUUUAUUCAUGGAGCUGAGGUAUUUCAUUUUUUUUUUCUCCCCGAACAUCGAAAACUUGUUUUUUUUCCUUUCCUGGAAAAAAUAAUGCGAUUAUGAAAAAAUUUGCAUUUUUUUCUGUACGCGAAAAAAAUAUUGUUUCAUUUUCAACCAGAGAAAAACAGGGGGAUUCGAGUUAUCCUAAAUUCUACCAGGAAUUUGUUUUUUUUUCCAGAAAUCCGCUGCUGAAACUGCGUCAGAUGUCAAGGAGGCUGUGAAAUCGGGAGCUGAAAGUGUUGAGGUUUGGAAUAAUAUUUUUGGGACAUUGCUCAUGUUAUAUUUCAAAAUUAGUGGGAAAUUUGGAGCAUUGCUCAUUUUAACAUAGAAAAAAAAAGAAAAAUUUAAUCUAAAAAAAAACCUGACUGGGAUGAAUUUUUCGAACCAAAAAAUGUUUUUUAAUUAAAUUUUCAUCCAACAAAGAAUUUAAUUAAAUUCCAACAUUUUCAGACGAAAUUUUUACUGAAAUUAGGGAAUUCGGUUUGAGCUCCAAAAAUCUCUUUAAAAAAUUUCCAUUCCAGAAAUCCACCCGCGAAACUGCCGCCAGUGUUGCCUCAAAAGUCCAAGAAGUCGAGGUAGGUCAAAAUUCUUCUUCUCCCUGCCCGACAUGCUGUACAAUAAGCUGAGCAAUUCUGCUCAAAAAAUGUGCAUUUUCCUCCGGCUCCCCUAUGGCAAAGCUAAAAAUUCGAAAAUCUUCUAACAUUUUUCUCCAGCCUGCUUAUGUACAAUACUAACCCUGUGUUGUUUUUUUUCCCGCCCAAAACAAGUUGUCCUGUGAUUUUUCCCGCCUUUCUGUGCUAUGUCCCUUUAAAUGUGCUUGUUGCUGCUUUUCUCCGAUUUUUUUUCCUCCCAAAAUCCUUGUUAAUCAUUUUUUGUGUGUACUUCUUUUCUUUUUUUGAUUUUGUAUCCGAAAAUUUAUUGAAAAAUCGCAAAAAAAAAUCAGAAAUUGGGCGAAAGAGCGGCGGCGAAUUUGGAGAAGAAGCGCGAGUUUUUCUACGCGACACCCGAGAAAUCGACCACAUCGCCACAAAUUUUGGUGCAAGAAGAAGAAGAAGAAUUGGCGGCACCUGAAAUUGGUGAAAAAGAAAAUGAGCAUGAGGUGGGUGGAGAGAAUGCAUUAUGUGGUUUUUCGGUUUGAAGCACGGCUUGGUUUUUGAAUUGGUUUUGCUGUGGAAUCGACGAUUUUGGAGUGGAAUAUUGUGCCCCCCAGAAAUUAGGCUAACUUGAGAUUUUCUGAGUUUCUUUUUCAAAUCAAAAAAAUUCUUUUUGAAAAUUCAAAUUUUCCCUGAAUUUUUUAGAUUUUCAAGAUUUUCUAUAUGAGAAACUGUGAAUUUUUAGACCUGAAAUCAUACAUGGCAUCUUUGCCCAACAGACCCUCCAUGUCAUGAUCCCCCCCUUCCCAAAAUUUUGAAAUGUCAUGAUCCCCCCCUCAAUUUUUUUUGUCAAAAAUUUGAAAAAAUAAAUGGUGAAAAAAAUGAAAAAUAUCCAGGAGAGGGGGGGGGGUUUCAUUUUUGACAUAUUCUUUCAGGUUCGAUAAUUUGGAAACUAGCGCUUUUAAUAUCGGAUGUAGAGAAAGGGCGAAGAAUUCGACGGAUAUCAUCCAUUGUUUCUUAUUUCUUAUUUUAUUUCUAAAAUUCUCAAUUAUAUUUUUCUAUAUCCUUCUAAAAUAAAAAAUGCGCUUAUUGUAGUAAGUUCAUCUCAGAAAUUUUUACAAAUUUUUCUGAACAAUUACAUAAUAAUAAUAAUCAUAUCCAAUGCGUUAUUUAUUUGAUAAUCAAAUUGAAAUCCAAAAAUAUUGAAUUACAAAACAAAAGAAAAAAAAUGAAUUCCACCGAGAAUUCGAUCCAAAAACCCUCUGAUUAUUAGGCGCGAUCUCUACCGACUUGACCACGAGGCUACUUAUUUUCACACGUUUAUUUUUAAGUGAUAAAUAAGGGAUAGAAGGGGAGAGAAAAUGAAAAAGAGAAGGAGAAGCGGAAAAAAAUCAUAAAAUUUUUGAAAAAUUCCCAUUUUUUAUCGAAUUUCGCCGAUUUUGUUAUAUGUUUCGAUUGUAUAAGUAACUUAAGGAUGGUAGAAAGGAAUGUCUGUCGAAAUUAUCUAAAAAGAUGGUUUAUUUCUUGAGAUAUGAUCCCCCCAAAAUCGAAGCCGUUUUGCUAUGUCAUUUUGGGGGGAUCAUAUCUCAAGAAAUAAACCAUCUUUUUAGAUAAUUUCGACAGACAUUCCUUUCUACCAUCCUUAAGUUACUUAUACAAUCGAAACAUAUAACAAAAUCGGCGAAAUUCGAUAAAAAAUGGGAAUUUUUCAAAAAUUUUAUGAUUUUUUUCCGCUUCUCCUUCUCUUUUUCAUUUUCUCUCCCCUUCUAUCCCUUAUUUAUCACUUAAAAAUAAACGUGUGAAAAUAAGUAGCCUCGUGGUCAAGUCGGUAGAGAUCGCGCCUAAUAAUCAGAGGGUUUUUGGAUCGAAUUCUCGGUGGAAUUCAUUUUUUUUUCUUUUGUUUUGUAAUUCAAUAUUUUUGGAUUUCAAUUUGAUUAUCAAAUAAAUAACGCAUUGGAUAUGAUUAUUAUUAUUAUGUAAUUGUUCAGAAAAAUUUGUAAAAAUUUCUGAGAUGAACUUACUACAAUAAACGCAUUUUUUAUUUUAGAAGGAUAUAGAAAAAUAUAAUUGAGAACUUUAGAAAUAAAAUAAGAAUAAUUAGCCGAUGAAAGAUAUCCGUCGAAUUCUUCGCUCGUUCUCUACAUUCGAUAUUCCUAAAGAACUAGUUUCCAAAUUACCGAACCUGAAAAAAGUCAAAAAUGACCACAUGCAAAAACCCAAUUUUUUUCUAGCGUACCGAUUUCACUUUGAAAAAAUGUAGGUUUUUGUAUGUAAUGUCAUGAUCCCCCCCUCGAAAAUUUUUUCCAAAUGUCAUGAUCUCCCCCUCACAGAUUUGAGAGCAGUGCCAUGUAUGCCUGAAAUUUAGGCUUAGACUUAGGCCCCCUAUUUUUGAGCAUGGUGUUUUUUACACUAGAUGUUGUAACUCUAUCUAAAAAAAAUUCUAAAAUAUUUUUCUAACCCCAAUUUAAUUUUCUUUUACCUAAUCCAAAACAAGACCCCUGAAAAUCUACAGUUUGCCCAACAAAUUGCCGAAAAAUUGACAAAUGAAGCGAUUUUGGAAGCCGCAAAGGUUGAGUUUUGACACACUCCCCGAGAUUUUUGUGUUAAUUCCAGGCCCUUAAAUUUUUUUAGGCUUAGGCUUAUUUGUCUUGUGUUUAGCUGAUUGAUUUGUGUGUUUGCGUGUGAAAUGGGAAGAUUUUUUGAUUCCACGAUGAAAACUAGGAGAAAAUCGGAGGAAAUUGUGAUUUUUUGCAGAAAUCUGUUGAAUCGACUGCUGCCAAAACUGCUGAAAAUGUUCAACAAGUCGCGGAAGAUGUGGGUUUUUUUGGGGAAAAUUUCCGAUUUUUUGACACCAAAUUUGAUGGAUUUGAAAAUUUUUUAUUAUUUUUCACUGUUUCAAAUGUUGAAAAAAAUUCAAAUUUUAAAUUUUGAACUGAAAAUUUAAUAUUUCAGAGAUAUGUUUUGUUCAGAAAAUCCUAAAACUUUCUAGUUCCAAGCCUCCAAAACUUUUUUUUUCAAAAUUUAAUUCCAGGUCACCGCUCCAUCGGCUUCAACUCCAAAACGCAACACUGACACACUUCGCUCAACUCGUUCCGAAGGUGGAAACAAGAGAAAAUGCACAAUUUUAUAA